AAAAAAGAGAGAGAAAGCAACUUUCAAUCCGAUUUUUGUAAGUGACCCCAUAAUAAGAACAGAAGCAGAACUUUCAAUAAUUGUAGUACCAUUCUUCUCAUCUCUUUCAUUUCAGAUAUUUUAUUUUUAGUCUCUUCUUUGUAAUUCGAUCCCCCUCCUCACUCUCUCUACAUGGAAGCUACUGAGUUAUGAUCUUUACUCUCUCACCUGAUCUGACAAGCAACAAUCAUCCCUAAAGUAAUGGCUGCUGAUCAACUUCCAUCUCCAACACCUAACACUUUUUGCUCAUCUGUCUUCUUUACCUCUCCAAAGUUUAGGUUUUUCUCUUCAAAGAUCACUCCUCCUUUUGACUCCAUCGUCAGCCCUACUUCCAUCCUCGAAGCCAACAACCCUUCCAUCUUCUCCUCCAAAAGCCCUAAACCCACUUCCUAUCUCGAGCCAACAUUAAUCCCUAAACCCCAUAAGUUUCACCCACCUGAAGCCUUUGGGCUCGCUGAUCUAGUCAAAAACAAAGACCACUCGAGCAAACCUGUCAACAAGAUGGUCCUAUUCGGGUCAAAGCUCAGAGUCCAGAUCCCUUCUGCCGAUUUUGGAACUAAAACCGGUCCGAGACAUCCUCCUGGACAGCUCAGCCCUUGUCUCAAAACAAAGGUCAUAACCGUAAGCGAGAUUGAUAAGACGGAAGACUACACGUGCGUCAUAUCUCACGGUCCAAAUCCAACCAUCACACAUAUCUUCGACGAUUCUGUUUUCGUGGAGGCCACUCCUCCUUGCUCUGUUCCGUUGCCACAACCACCUUUGGAGGCCAAGAAGAAAACGGACACUAAUUUUCUAAGCAACUGCUACACUUGCAAAAAGAAUCUUGACCAAAAACAUGACAUCUAUAUAUACAGAGGAGAGAAAGGGUUUUGCAGCAGUGAGUGCAGGUACCAGGAGAUGCUUCUUGAUCAAAUUGAGACCUAGCACACCACCUUUUUCUCCACUCCUUAUUUUUUUGUUUUCUUCUUUCAUUUUGUAACAAAAUUCACACUUUUCUAAUGUUAUUAUUAUUAUCUAAUCCUGACUCUCUUUCUUUUUAGGGGUAUUCCUUGUAAUAAUAAUCUUUCUCGCCUGCAAAAUAGUAUAUGAAAGAUAGAGAGUUGUUGUCUUGUUGAUAACUCUUUUGUUGUGUGUUAUGAUGAGAGUGAAU